UCUUGUUAGGCAAAUGUUUCACCUGCUUAGCCAAUUAGCGUCCUCUCCUAGAAAGACGAGUUCAACAGGUUUCCAUUUGUUCUGCCUCUGCCUCAUGGGUUGGGGAAAAGGGCUGUCACUUUACUUCGACCCUCCCCUUCCCUCCUUCUGGGCUCUUCCAGACUGCCUCGGACCCAUUGCGCCGGCUCCAACGUGUCCAGGUUGGCGGCCCGGGAACUCGGCCGCCUGGAUGCGCAGCGCUGGGGCGCGAAAGGGCCGGGAGCUGGGAGCCCCGAGUUGGGAGCCGAGCCCUGGGGUGCGCCCGGGACGCGGCCCACAUGACCGAGCUCCAGCAAGAGGUGGAGGACGCCAAGCCCGCCAAAGUGCUUGCCAAGAGAGAAGGCAAAGUUGGCCCGGCUCACUCAGAGGCUGACAAUGGUGUGGAGGACAGAAAGAGGAUCAGCAAGUCGCCAACGGCCCAGUCCCCUACCUCAUCUUUGGAAGCCGAGUCCCCGGACCAGAAGAGAAGCAUCGGCCUGUGGUCAAAAUCCAGCUUUGAUGGUUCCAAUUUAUUGAGCGAUAAGAAUGAGUGUAAAGCCGAAAGCAAGACUGACCCCAAGACAGAAAGAAAAAAGUCCUCGUCUUCCAGCCAGUACAAGGCGAACAUGCACUUUCACAAGUUAUUCCUUGAUGUCCCAACUGAAGAGCCACUGAGGCAAAGCUUUACCUGUGCUCUCCAGAAAGAAAUCCUGUACCAAGGAAAGCUCUUUGUGUCAGAAAACUGGAUUUGUUUUCAUUCCAAAGUCUUCGGAAAAGACACUAAGAUCUCUAUCCCAGCUUUCUCGGUAACCCUGAUCAAGAAAACCAAAACUGCCCUUCUGGUGCCAAAUGCCCUGAUCAUAGCAACAGUCACAGACAGGUACAUCUUCGUCUCCUUACUCUCCAGAGAUUCAACGUACAAACUGCUAAAAUCUGUGUGCGGACACUUAGAGAACACAAGUGUCGGUAACAGUCCCAACCCGUCUUCUGCUGAAAACAGCUUCCGGGCAGAUCGCCCUUCGUCUCUGCCUCUGCCCGCUGUCUUCCCGCAGGAUUUCAACGAUGAAUUCUCCGAUCUGGAUGGAGUGGUUCGCCAGCGAAGGCAAGACAUGGAAGGAUACAGCAGCUCAGGCUCUCAGACUCCAGAAUCUGAGAACUCCCGAGACUUCCAUGUGAGUCAAUCUCAGACGGUUCUGAAUGUUACCAAGGGAGAAAGCAAACCAGCUCAGACAGAUGCCCAUGGGAACAGAGUGCCUGAUAGGAAAGCAAAGAGCCUGCCUAUGCAUGGUCAGUCAGAAACUAUUGGGAUCUUACAUAAAGUCAAGUCUCAGAAAUGUCCAACUCUCCGCCAUAUUCUCAUAUUCUAUGCAAUUGUGGUCUGUGCACUGAUCAUCUCGACCUUCUACAUGAGACACAGAAUUAACAUUCUGGAGGAGCGGCUGGGGUCCCUCACGUCUGCUGUGGAUCACCACAGUACUGAGCAGACACCGCUGUCAGGUCUGGGAUCACAAGUACAGUUGAAUGUGGAGGUCCUCUGCCAGGAGCUUACAGCUAACAUAGUGAAAUUAGAGAAGAUACAAAACAACUUACAGAAGCUGCUUGAGAACGGUGACUGAGUGACCCGCUGCUGGGGCCAACAUAAUACCUCACGUUUCCCCUUGAAGAAGGUGCUUCCCCCGAGAGUCUGUUGUGCGCCCCCUGCUGGCCAGAGGCGCAAGAGGCUGCGAAUCCAGAUGUGUUUGCCCUUGGAGGUCUCCAGCUCAGGGAGGGGGUUGUGGGGGGGAAGGGGGAAAGAGUUUGCUUUUGUGCAAUAAAAGUUGACCUUGUCUCUGCUGCUGCCUGAAGAAAACAGACCCAUCUCGGGAGGUGAGCAAGGUCCUGGAAGACACCUGUAGCGCUUGGGUUAUGGUAAUGGUUCGGUAACACUCCAUGCUUUUCAGCCCUUCCCAGCCUCCCUUCGCCCCCUUCACCCGUCCCAGCCAACCUUCAGACCUAUGGGGUACGGUACUCAGUACACCAGCAAACUCAGUAUGGUCCUUUGAGGAAUUAGCCAUGGGCCUCCAACAAGGCGGUGAAUGUCUCCAAAUGAGCAGGCUUGCUUCAAAUACCUGCGUUUUUGUCUCCCUCCCCGCUUCUGCUCUUAUGUUCUGAUUUCUUUCAUCUACCCAUUUUAAUUUUUCAGUUCAGUUUUGUAAGCGUGUCCAGUAAAGUGAAUUAUGUGUGCCAUCUUUGUUGCGCUGUUUUGUUCCCGUCUCUAGUAUGCAUAACUGGAGUGAUUGCUCCCCACCUCUGAUCAGGAAUCUUUGAGGUGUGAGACUGAAAUAUUAAAUUAGAUUCACUCUGAAACCAAAACUAAUCUUUAAGCCAAAAGUUGUCAUAGUAAUUUAGUGUGCGAUGGGAAGUGCUUGUUCCUAAGGUUGCAAGUGGACUAUGGUAGCAGCAUCAAAGCAGGAUGUCUCUGUUGGACUCUACAACCCCUUUCAGCGUGGUAAUUGGAUGUCUUUCUCCUACAAUAAAGCAAUAAGUGGUGGUCUGCUAACUUUACUUACAGUAUGGGUGGGCUGGUUUUUAUUAAUAAUUAUUUAGGGUACCAUGAGAUCUGUGAGUAUAAAACAUUCUAUCCGCAAUGCGUUUUAUAAUCAUUUCUAUGAAAUGUAUUUUGUUUAAUCAAAUAAGCUAAUAAGUGGAAGUGGAUUGGUUACAUCAUUUGUAUUUGUCAGCCUACUGGGUAACUGUGCCUGGAGCACUGGCUUUUAAUAAAUACUCAUUGCCUAAAACACUCUGGUUAUCACUGUUUC